AUGUCCCUUACGCUCUUCAUUGUUCGCCACGGCGAACGCUUGGAUCACGUCGAAUCAAGUUACAGCUACACUUCUCCGACACCCUAUGAUCCUCCGCUGACGCCCAGGGGUAAAAGGCAAGCGAAAAAAACCGGUUCUUAUAUUUACGAUGUACAACUCGAGACCAUGGGGAAAGAUAUAGAUCGUCAGAGGAACGUGGAGUAUGUGAUAUACACCAGCCCCUUCUUGAGGACGGCGGAAACCGCCAUCGGAAUUGCCGAGGGAAUAUCGACCUCUCAUCUAAAUCUCCCAAACAGUGCCGUUAAAUUCCGAAUCGACUCGUCGCUCGCCGAAUGGCACACGGCGGCGUAUUACGCGAAUGCAGUCCCGAAUAGCAUCAUUACUUCUCGCUUUGAAGAAUUGCAUCGUCUCACCGGGUCGGAACAACCUUUAUUUGAGGUCGACUGGACGUACAAACCCAUUCUCGAUCAACUGCCGGCAUACCCCGAAGGAAUUCACGAGGUGUUGAAGCGCUGCACCGAAGCAUUACAAGGAAUAACCACCUCUUACAUUCAAAUUCUUCAGCAAGACAGUUCAAAGGACACCGUCUUAAUACUGGUGACACACGGUUGGUGCUUCAAUGUUAUCCAAGAAGCUUGUUCCAAGGUCAGCACAUGGAUGGAAGCCGGAUUCUGCGCAGUGUCUCGUGCCAGAUGGACACCAGAAGGAGCCCAAGAGGAACUAAAAACCUCGAAUUCAAAGGAUGAUCCUCCUGGCGACGUUACCACUAAUAACGGUGGUCAAAUUGGAAAGUGGAUAGUGGAUAUAACGGCGGUCAGGGAACAUUUGAAAGGAAUAUAG